AUGCACGACAAAUGGUACCACAAAAGUGAAUUUAUUUCUGACGGUUUAUAUGCUAUUGAAGCUGUUCACUCUUCAAAAUUCUUAACUCAUUCAGCUGAACGUUCGAUAAUUGUUCAACAAACUCAAUCAUUAACAGAUAGUGAGUCACAAUGUUUUUAUAUUCAGCAUAUUGGCUAUAAUGAUUAUAUCAUUCAAGAAUAUCGUACUGGUUAUAUGUUAAGUGUCCAACAUGGUUCACUACAUCAAAAUGCUCCCAUUGUGCUAAACCGUUUUGUUGAUAGAAAUACAUUGUGUCAAAUAUUCAAUUUUGAAUUAGCUAAACCGAAAACGAAUGAAUAUUUCAUAUUUGUUAAACAUACACGAAUGGUAUUCGAUAUUGAAGAUGGAAAUCAAAAUUCCUACGCAAAAUUAAUACAAUAUUCACAACAUAAAAAAGCAAAUCAACGUUUCAUAUUUCAUCGAGUCAAUAGACCAACAAACUCAUUAAUUGCAAUUCCACUGGAAUAUAUUCGUUAA